AUGAUUUCUCCCUAUGCUACGAUUGUCGACAAUCAAGAAUUCCAUCCAGCUAUGACUGCUGAGAAGAUUGAUAGAGCUCUGAGAGCUGGAGAGAAGGAUGUCGUCGUGAAGACUAUUGUUGCUCUUAGUAAUGGUCAACGUCAAUUACUCCGUGAACCUUACAAACUCAAGUACGGAAAAGACAUCAUGACUUCUUUGGACAAGAAGUUCAGCGGUGAUCUUGAAAAUGCUGUUCUUUCAUUGAUGGACACUCCCCUUGAUUACGACUUGAAACAACUCAAACAAGCAAUGAAGGGCUUGGGAACUGAUGAAGCGGUUCUGAUCGAGAUUCUCGGUUCGCGUACUCCUGACCAAAUCCGUGCCAUUCGUGCAGGAUACGAACGUGAGUACGGAAAACAAUUAGAGAAAGAAGUUGCUUCGGAAACAAGUGGAGAAUUCAAGGAACUCCUCAUUGCUUUAGUCACCGGAAGCAAAGACGCCUCUCAUGAAACAAACGAUGCUGAGGCCAAGGAUGAUGCCGUGAGACUUUUCGCUGAUGGCAAAGGAAAGUUCGCCAAUAAAGAAGGACCUUCACACUUCAUGAAGAUUCUUGCCACUCAGAAUCAAUACCAAUUGAGAAAGGUUUUCAACUAUUUCGAGGAACUGUCCGGAAACACCAUUGAGAAAGCAAUUGAGAAAGAAUUCAGCGGUGAUUUACGUCAAACUUAUCUGACCAUUGCUCGAUCAGCCAUUGAUAAGCAAAAGUUCUUUGCCCAGCAGUUGUACAAUUCCAUGAAAGGUCUGGGAACUCGUGAUAAUGACUUGAUUCGCGUUCUUGUAUCUCGUUCCGAAGUUGACUUAGAACUCAUUAAGAGCGAGUACAAAGAGUUGUAUGGAAAAACAUUGGACGAAUCGAUCAAGGGAGACACUUCUGGACUCUACAGAGACACUCUCCUGGCUAUCGUCCAAGGAAACCGCGUAAUCUCGUAG